AUGGCAGAGGCUGGUAUUUCAGUAGAUCAUUUUUCUGUGGAUCAGUUCAGCUGUCCAGUGUGUUUGGAUCUCCUGAAGGAUCCUGUGACUAUUCCCUGUGGACACAGUUACUGUAAGGUGUGUAUUAAUGGCUGCUGGGAUCAGGAGGAUGUGAAGGGCGUCUACAGCUGCCCCCAGUGCAGAGUGACUUUCACCCCAAGGCCUGUUCUGUGCAGGAACAACAUGCUGGCUGAAGUGGUGGAGAAACUGAAGAAGACUGAACUCCAAGCUGCUUCUCCUGCUCACUGUUACGCUGGACCUGGAGAUGUGGAGUGUGAUUUCUGCACUGGGAGAAAACGCAAAGCCACUAAUUCCUGUCUGGUGUGUCUGGCCUCCUAUUGUGAAGCUCAUCUUAAACCUCACUAUCAGUCUCCUGCCUUUAAGAAGCACAAGUUAGUUGAAGCCUGUGCAGAGCUCCAAGACAAGAUCUGCUCUGAACACGACAAACUGAUCGAGAUCUUCUGUCGUACUGACCAAAGCUUCAUCUGUUAUUUGUGUAUGACGGAUGAACAUAAAGGUCAUGAUACAGUUUCAACUAAAGCAGAAAGAAAUGAAAAACAGAAUCAGCUAAAGGAGGAGCACAUGAAAUCCCAGCAGAGGAUCCAGGAGAAGCAGAAGGAGGUGCAGGAGCUGAAACAGACUGUGGACACUAUUAAGAUGCAUUAUCAGUCAGCAGUCAAUGACAGUGAGAGGAUCUUUACUGAGAUGAUCAGCUCCAUGGAGAAAAGGCACUCGGAGGUGACGGAGCUGAUCAGAGCUCAGGAGAAAGCUGAACUGAGUCAAGCUGAGCGACUCCUGAAGCAACUGGAGCAGGAGAUUGCCGAUCUUCAGAGGAGAGUCACUGAGCUGGAGCAGCUUUCACACACACACGAUCACAUCCACUUCCUCCAGAGUUUCCCGUCUCUCUGUGUUUCUCCUGGAUGUGACGACUCACCCAGCUUCACUGUCAAUCAACAUCUCUCAUUUGAUGGAGUGAGGAAAUCUCUCUCAGAUCUGAAAAAACAAGUCGAGGAAAUCUGUGAGAAGGAAUUCAACAAAAUCCAUCCACAAGGUAAACAAACAAACAUUUCUGCAGUUCACAUGAUUUUACCCUCAAAACCAAAGAGCAGAGAAGAUUUUCUGCAGUAUUUCUGUUAUCUGACUCUGGAUCCAAACACAGUAAAUCCUGAACUCAUUCUGUCUGAGAAGAACAGAGCAGUGACACACAGUGAGACAGAACAGAGAUACUCUGAUCAUCCAGAGAGAUUUGACUCCUGGCCUCAGGUGUUGUGUAAGGAGAGUGUGUGUGGACGCUGUUACUGGGAGGUGGAGUGGAGGGGUGUUGUGUACAUAUCAGUCUCAUAUAAAGAGAUCAGCAGGAAAGGACGGGGUAAUGAGUGUGCGUUUGGAUACAACAGUCAGUCCUGGAGUCUGCAGUGUUUUCCUUCCUCUGUCUGUUUCCGACACAACAGCAUUAAGACUGAUCUCCGAGGUCCAUCAUCCUCCAGAAUAGGAGUGUAUGUGGAUCACAGUGCAGGAACUCUGUCCUUCUACAGCGUCUCUGACCCGAUGAGGCUCCUCCACAGAGUCCACACCACAUUCACUCAGCCUCUAUACGCUGGGGUCGAGAUGUGGGGUUUUGUCUCAUCUGUGAGGUUUUGUGAUCCGAUGAAAAACACAAACAGAAACAGGAAGUUCAUUUCAGAGAAAACGAAACUCAGCAGAAAGUUCAGAGUCUUUCUCUCUCAGUACAGGAAAAUGGCAGAGGCUGGUAUUUCAGUAGAUCAUUUUUCUGUGGAUCAGUUCAGCUGUCCAGUGUGUCUGGAUCUCCUGAAGGAUCCUGUGACUAUUCACUGUGGACACAGUUUCUGUAAGGUGUGUAUUAAUGGCUGCUGGGAUCAGGAGGAUGUGAAGGGCGUCUACAGCUGCCCCCAGUGCAGAGUGACUUUCACCCCAAGGCCUGUUCUGUGCAGGAACAACAUGCUGGCUGAAGUGGUGGAGAAACUGAAGAAGACUGAACUCCAAGCUGCUUCUCCUGCUCACUGUUACGCUGGACCUGGAGAUGUGGAGUGUGAUUCCUGCACUGGGAGAAAAUACAAAGCCAUCAAGUCCUGUCUGGUGUGUCAGGCCUCUUUUUGUGAAGCUCAUCUUAAACCUCACUAUCAGUCUCCUGCCUUUAAGAAGCACAAGUUAGUUGAAGCCUGUGCAGAGCUCCAAGAGAAGAUCUGCUCUGAACACGACAAACUGAUCGAGAUCUUCUGUCGUACUGACCAAAGCUUCAUCUGUUAUUUGUGUAUGACGGAUGAACAUAAAGGUCAUGAUACAGUUUCAACUAAAGCAGAAAGAAAUGAAAAACAGAAUGAGCUAAAGGAGGAGCAGAUGAAAUCCCAGCAGAGGAUCCAGGAGAAGCAGAAGGAGGUGCAGGAGCUGAAACAGGCUGUGGACACUAUUAAGAAGCGUUCACAGGCAGCAGUAGAUGACAGUGAGAGGAUCUUUACUGAGAUGAUCAGCUCCAUGGAGAAAAAGCGCUCGGAGAUGACGGAGCUGAUCAGAGCUCAGGAGAAAGCUGAACUGAGUCGAGCUGAACGACUCCUGAAGCAACUGGAGCAGGAGAUUGCUGAUCUUCAGAGGAGAGUCACUGAGCUGGAGCAGCUUUCACACACACACGAUCACAUCCACUUCCUCCAGAGUUUCCCGUCUCUCUGUGUUUCUCCUGGAUGUGACGACUCACCCAGCUUCACUGUCAAUCAACAUCUCUCAUUUGAUGGAGUGAGGAAAUCUCUCUCAGAUCUGAAAAAACGAGUCGAGGAAAUCUGUGAGGAGGAAUUCAACGUAAUCCAUCCACAAGCUGCAGCAGUUCACAUGAUUUUACCCUCAAAACCAAAGAGCAGAGAAGAUUUCCUGCAGUAUUUCUGUUAUCUGACUCUGGAUCCAAACACAGUAAAUCCUGAACUCAUUCUGUCUGAGAAGAACAGAGCGGUGACACGCAGUGAGACAGAACAGAGAUACUCUGAUCAUCCAGAGAGAUUUGACUCCUGGCGGCAGGUGUUGUGUAAGGAGAGUGUGUGUGGACGCUGUUACUGGGAGGUGGAGUGGAGGGGUGCUGUGGACAUAUCAGUCUCAUAUAAAGAGAUCAGCAGGAAAGGACGGGGUAAUGAGUGUGGGUUUGGCCGCAGCAGUCAGUCCUGGAGUCUGCAGUGUUUUCCUUCCUCUGUCUGUUUCUGGCACAACAACAUUCAGACUGAUCUCCGAGGUCCAUCACCCUCCAGAAUAGGAGUGUAUGUGGAUCACAGUGCAGGAACUCUGUCCUUCUACAGCGUCUCUGACCCGAUGAGGCUCCUCCACAGAGUCCACACCACAUUCACUCAGCCUCUAUACGCUGGGGUCUGGGUGUGGCGUUCUGACUCAUCUGUGAGGUUUUGUGAUCCGAUGAAAAAAUGAAAUGUUGGUAAAAGUUGAAAUGUUUAGUAAAAUUAUAACU